AUGGACGAGGAGGAUAUUAACAAUGAUAUUAUGGCUGCUGCUGAGCUCAAAUUAGAGCUAGCACAUUCAGUCGUUAAGCCAACGAAAACCAGACCAUCCCAAAAUGAGGAGGAAUCUAGUUCGUCUCCAUUUAAACUUUCCAACGUUAAGCCAUCGAAGUUGGACACAGAUGAAAAUAUCGUGAGUUCGAACCCAGUAAUUUCGGGUCUGUUCAGCACCAGGAAUCCUCGCGAUAUAACGAGCGCAGUUGGCUCGGGCAUAAAAAGUAUAACUAAAGGGGUGGUUAUAGGGACCACCAGCCUAGUCCUCUGUCCGGUGGUUGGAGUAACAAACGACGGAGUGACGGGAUUUUUCAAAGGAGUCGGCGCCGGUGUGCUUGCUGCAAUAACACUUCCCCUGGCAGGGAUAGGAGUGUCACUCUACCAGGUGGGCCGGGGAGCCCUGAACACGCCCAAGGCAAUCUGCGAAAAGGCCUCCGGAAAGGUCUGGAACAAGGAGAAGAGGGUCUGGGAAGAGAACUGGUACUCUCUGGAGGAAGAGGCGAAGAUGCUGAAGGAAUAUCGCGAGUCUCACAAGGAUGCGGCAGUCUCACCCCCUAACAAGGAGACCUACGAGAACAACACCGACGUGUUCGAGACUGAGCUGUAUGAAAUAUUGCAAGUGCCCCCCAACGCAACUCAGGAAACGAUCAGGAGGGCCUACUACAGGCUCGCGAAGAAGUACCACCCCGACAAGAACAUGAACGUGGACGGCGAGGAAGAUUUUAACCAGCUGUUCCACAGGCUAGGGGAGGCGUACCAGAUCCUGGGCGACGAGCAGAGGCGGAAGAAGUACGACAAGUACGGGCGCUCCGCAAUCAGCGACAUGUCGAUCAUGGACUCGCAGCUCUUCUUCAGCAUGCUCUUCGGCUCAGACUCGCUCGAGCCGUACAUCGGCAAACUCAGGAUGGCGCUCUACCUGGAGCUCGAGAUCAACGAGAACCUCACGCCCACGGCCCACGACUUUGAGAAGCUGCAGCAGGCCAGGGAGGUCGAGAUAGCGCUGAACCUGCGGGAGUUCCUCAGGAGCUUCGUCUGCGGGGAGCUCGACGAGUUCAAGAACCACGUCAGGGCAGUCGCCGAGGACCUGUGCAAGAGCAGCUUCACGGUGGCCAUCGUGGAGACUCUGGGGUGGACGUACCAGAACUACGCCAAGCAGUACAUCGGCAAGCGCUCCUCAUUCCUCGGCCUCUCGGGCCGCUUCGCCAAGUCGAAGCAGAAGACGCGCUCACUCGGCAAGGGCCUGAAGACGUUUUCCUACAUGUUCAAAACUGCCGUCCUGGAGAGCGGCAGGCGCGCUGACGACUCCGAGCAGCCGAUUUCCGACGUCGGCGUCAACUACAACGAGGAGAGCAUUCCCGUGAUCCUGGACGCCAUGCUGAACAUUUGCCUCAUGGACAUCCAGAACACCGUCAGGGCCUCCUGCAAGAGGCUCCUGAAGGACAUGUCCGUCGACUCCUCCUGGCGCUUCAGGCGGGCGGAGGCGCUCCAGGAGGCCGGCAACAUCUUCCUGCAGGUAGCUAGGGAGCUGAAGCCGCAGUUUACUGGUGGUCAGUCUACCAACGAGGUCGACCAGUACGUCAACGAGAUUAAGGAGCGCAGGCAGGUCCGUAAAAAUGUGCACUAUUCAAACGAUGCAUUCUACUAA